AGUGAGGCCAGUCGUGUGCCAGGCUCACUGGAUAGCACGAGCUCAAUCAAGAGCAAAGGAAAAAAAGACGCAAAGACGCGUGCCUUAUACUUUACUCUUUACGCACCAAGAAAAAAAAAAAGCCUUCCUUUUAGGGAACUCUGUCUCUGCUGGCGAGAAAACUUCCUACUUCAACCACUAUCAUCCAGAGAAAGCAAAACCUCACGAUGGACAGCGUGUACUCCGACAUCGACAGCAACAGCUGCGACUUCUCGUACGGCGCGCAGAGCGACGAUGAGAACUCGGGCUCGUGCAGCAUGCGCUCCGAGUCCCCCGCGUCCUCCUGCACCGGGAAGCCCGGCUCCCCGUCCGACAGCGACCUCGGCGGUCUCCUCCACCUCGGAGGCCAAGGAGACGUCGAGCAGCAGCAGCAGAAGAAGAAGAGGCGCCGGGGUCGCGCACGCGGCGAUGGCACAGUGAUUGUGGUGAGGAAGAACCGGCGUGUAAAGGCGAACGACCGCGAACGCAAUCGCAUGCACAACCUGAACGACGCGCUGGACACGCUGCGCGGAGUGCUGCCCGCCUUCCCGGACGAGACCAAGCUGACCAAGAUCGAGACGCUCCGCUUCGCGCACAACUACAUAUGGGCACUGUCCGAGACAAUCCGCAUCGCCGACCUCCAAGCGAGCAACAAGGCGGCCGGCAGGGCUCCGCCUGUCAACGGGGACAUGUCACUUCUGAUGCUGCCCAACCUCAGCUGCAUCACCGACGAGAAGAAUCCAGCGAGCGAAGCCUGCUCCUGGAGCUCCGCCGUCUCCGCCUCCGCCUUGGCCUCCGCCUCCUCCCCCUCCUCCUCCUCCGCCUCCUCCUCCCCAGCCUCUUCUACCUCCUCCCCGGCUUCCUCCUCCUCAUCCCCGGCUUAUUGCACUUCCAACCCGAGCAGCCCCCUCGGCGCGCAGGACUACGGCUUCAUGCAGAGCGACUCCAUCUACGGCUACCACAGCCACUUCGUGCCCGUCGUCUACUAGGAGGAAGGCCGUACUUGGACUGGAUGGACAGUCCGCGGACCGCUUCGUGUGCGCAGAUGUAUCAUGAUAAAAGAGUCAGAACCGGAGGCCGCCGGCGAGGAAAGGAAAAUAACGGACAGAAAAAACAAACCACUGUUUGCCUUAUGGAAGGCCACUCGAUUGUGGCUUUUUUUUAUAUACCGAUUUUUAUUCAUUUAAUUUGAUUUGCUAUUUACUUGUUUCUAUACACAAUAAUUGUUAAUGAGAAUAACUUAAUUUCUGUUUUUUAUAUAUAGUUUGUUUUGAAUAUUUUGUAUUUUCUCCAAAACCUUUUGCACUUUUCCCCCAGCGCAAACGACAACGUAGGCAACUAGUUCACAAAGAUGUGACCUCGGUCCUCCAUUAGAUGAGUAUUAUGAAUCACAGACAGAGAAGGAGACUGAUUUGCUUUUGCAGAGCGAGGUGAAAAGUCAAUUUUACAAUUUGUAGAGUGAUAAUGAGUGAUAAUGCAGAAAAACGAGCGUGGAAAUUCGGUCUCAACGCUUUGACAACGAACUGAAAGGCCAUCAGAAGACAAGGAGCUCCCCUCAUGCAUUAUGUAUUCACACACACACACACACACACACACACACACACACACACACACACACACACACACACACACACACACACACACACACACACACACACACACACACACACACACACACACA